UUAUGAUUUGUAAAUGAAUUUCUCUUUUACUAAUUUCUAGAUUAUCCUAUUUAUCUUUCGUAUUGCGUAUUCUACCCAGCAAUAAAUUUGCUUUUUCAGAGGUUAAUAAAUUAGAAAUAAUAUUUUCUGUAAAUAUUAAGAACCAAAAAUUGAAUAAAAUAUCAUGUUGAUAUGCCCAAUUUGGAUGAACCUUUCUAGCUGCUCAUCCUCCACUCUUAGCCAUAUCAAGUUUGGGCGAACAAAAAUUUGCACUAAACAGUAUGUUUCAGGUAAAUUGGGAUUUGGGAAGUGCUCCGCCGAAAAGGCAGGAACCUAAAGAAAAUAAGAAAAGAAAAAGUCAAUCCGAAAAGGCAAAAUCUGAAACACCCAAAAACAAAGAGUCGAAGGCUCAACAAUCAUCAAUUAAGAAGCAAAAACAGGAAGGGAAUGGAAAAGAAAAGCCAGUAACUGAAAAUAAGCAAUCAUCUGCUCAACAGGGCGAUAAAAAGUUAGCAAAUGAAAAUUCUUUGACAUCGCUUCAACAGAAAAUGAAAGGGAAAUUAGAUGGUGCUAAAUUUCGAUGGAUCAAUGAACAACUAUACACUACGCAAAGUGAAGACGCUGUGAAGCUUUUCCGGGAUAGCCCUGACAUGUUUGACGUUUACCAUGCCGGAUUUCGACAUCAGAUUGAAAACUGGCCUGAGAACCCUGUCGACGUCUUUAUUCGCUUUUUAAAGGAGAGGUACGAUAAAAAGAAAAGAUCCGUUAGCGUGGUAGAUCUUGGAUGCGGUGAAGCUAAGAUUGCUUCAACAUUUGAAGCAUCCAAGCACAUCAUGGUACGAAGUUUUGAUCUUGUUUCCGCAAACAGGUUUAUUGAAGCUGCGGAUAUCUCAAACCUUCCCUUGGAAGAUGGCACGGUUGAUGUCGCUAUCUUCUGUCUAAGUCUGAUGGGAACGAAUUGGCAAUCAUUUUUGCGAGAAGCAUACCGCGUUCUAAAGCCCCAAACGGGACAAUUAUGGGUUGCGGAAAUUAAAAGUCGCUUCUCUGACAAGAGCGGUAAAGUCUUUGCUGAAGAACUCCCCAAAAUGGGUUUUGAGAAUACAUCACUUGCUUUGGGUAAUAAAAUGUUUACACUUUUCGAGUUCGUCAAAAAACCCCGGUCUCAAGAGCCUCAAAGUCUUCCUCCUAUUCUAAGUGCUUGUAUCUAUAAGCGUCGGUGAUCUUUCCUUUUUUUUCUUGUAAUCUGAAUAUUGUUGUUAGAGUUGUACGGUACAUGGGUUUUUGUGGGAUUGACAGGUGGAAGUAUCUUUUUUUUUCAAAGGUUUAUGUUUUAGAAUACUUUAUUGUUUAAUAAUAAAAAUGAAGGUUUUCGCCUGUCAGUGCUUCGUUUGUAACAUUAUUAUUUUUCUUUUUU